AUGCCCCAUGAAGACUCCUCCUCUUCGUCUUCCAAAACACCCAUCCGUUUCUUGAAUUCAACAACAUCCUCUCAACCGUUGCUCAUCAUUCCAACGUUAACUGGGGGACAUUCACGACCACGAAAGCCUUCUCUUCGCGGAAUUAAAAUCUCGAACCGAUUUGUUAAAUUAAAUCGAGAGUUAGGAUCAGGCUCUUUUAGUGAUGUCUAUCUCGGAGAAGAUUUAGAAUUCGAACAGCACUCAGGGAAUUCUGAAGAAAAAUUAUCAUCACAGUCCUCCAUAAUUACAACAAAUGCUCAUUCUCAAAAUAACACAGCACCAAUUCAAGAAAAUCUGUCGAAACGCGAUCGAUAUGUGGCCAUUAAACAAAUCAAAGUAGAAAAAUAUUCACGUGUCACAAUCAAGUAUUUAGAGAAGGAAAUUCAAAUUAUGAAAGAAUGCAAGCAUGAAAAUGUCAUCAAGUUGUUGGAAACUAUUCAAGUGGAUUUUCCUUCACAAAUGUAUUUAGUGAUGGAAAAGUGUGACACUAAUAUGAGAAAAUAUAUGAACAUGAAAAAACAAUUGGCACGAAAGAAUUACAAGAGCCAGAUUUGUUCUGAUGGAAAAUUAUGGAAACCAUUCUUUUCAGAACGUGAAAUUCAAUAUUGGUUAAAACAAAUAGUGUCAGGAGUUCAAUAUUUACAUGAAGAAAAACAUAUUAUUCACAGAGAUAUCAAACCAGAGAAUUUUCUGUUAAAGAAACUAAAUCAGAGCACAGAUGAUGUAUUUAUAGAACCAGAGGAGUAUGAGUUUGGCAAUUUUAAUGAAUAUAAAUUGGUGAUUGGUGACUUUGGGCUUUCAAAAGCAAUGGAGAACGAUCACAUUACGCAAACCGUUGUAGGAACUUGGCCUUACAAAAGCCCAGAACUCGCUCAACAUUUACCAUACGGCUAUGAUGCAGAUAUAUGGUCUAUUGGCGUCGUGUUAUUUGAGAUGAUUGCUGGUUAUUGUAUUUUUAACACAAAAAAGAAUGAGCAAGUUUAUAUUGAGAAACCAAGUUUUGGACAAGCUAUCAGUUCGAGCACUCCAAAUGUCGAUUGGUCAUUUCUAUUAGAACAUGUACAUAUUUCUGAUCAUUUAUAUAAUUUAUUGGUAAGCAUGUUGAGGUAUAAUAAGGAUGAAAGGAUUUCCAUUGGUGACAUUGCCAAACAUCCAUUUGUGACGCAAACAUGGAGUGAAGAAGAGUAUCUACCAGUGAACCUUGUCGAUAAUGACAUAUCCAAUCAUCACGAGGAUGUUAAGAAUAGCGUUUCAAAAUUGGAAGCAGUUGAUCAGCCACAACCUCUACAAGUAGAUGUGGAUGUAGAUGUCGAGCAAAGAUCGCAACAACAUGCACCAUUGAUAGAUCCUCUUGGAAAGGAAGAAAUUGUCACCUCAUCCAAUGGAUCUGUUCUAUUGAGGUCAGGAAUGCAUGAGAGCGUGACGAGACCAGAAUUUUCUCCUUCAACCAUUCUCCUUAAGAACACAUUUGAAGAAUUAGAAUUUGACAGCACCAAGAUUCGAGAAAUAUCAGGUGGGUUACCAACAAAUCGAAGUUAUGCUGAGUGUAUAUUGAUUCAAAAAAGCAAGGACGCAAAAAUUGUGGUCUUUAUUAUCAAUGAAGAGGUCAACAAAAACAGGUCCAUCUUUUAUUCGUUAAAAGUUCAAGGAGAAGUAGUCAGAGAAGACUGGCUUGAUUACUCGCAAGUAAGAGAUUUUGAAAUUAUGGAAGAAACCGAGCAACUUGAGAUUGAAAUAGAAUUAUCUACUGGCAAAUUAGAUCAAAUCCUUCAUUACUUCUCACCUGAAACAGUUCCUUUUAGAAUCCAGGUUUUUGUACAAAAUUAA